UAAUAGCUUCAUCUUCUUAUUAUAUAGAGCUUGAUUUUUACUAAAACUUUCUUGUUGAUUUUUUUCAUAAUCACUAGGCUUUGUCUCCUUAUAGAGCUUGAUUUUUUUUCUAAAAUAUUCAUAUUGAUAUCGUUUUUCAUUUUUGAUUUAUCGUGCGGACAAAAAACGUGACAUCGAACAAUGAUCGAACAGAAGAAACUGAUGAACGCAUAAUACUCUUUACAGACUACUGUGUGAAGAGUAUAACAAUACAACUGAAUCCGACCUCCAGUCCGACUCACUUGUAUUUCGCUAAUGCGGGACUGUUUUAAAGCAUUAAAAUUGUCAUUUUUAAAUUUAAGCGGCAAAUGGAAACUUUUAGUAUGUGAGAAAUUUGAGCUUUUCUUAUCUUAAUGAUACUAACACAUAACAUUUUUUGAUAAAAAAAUAUAUACCUACCUAUUUGUAAAUCAAGUAAUUCUAGGAAAAGGAUUAACACAUCACAGUUAAAUAAAACAAUUAUGAUUGCCAUACUAUAAUACUCGCAACCAUCAAUGAACUAAAAACUAAUUUCAUUUCCCAAUAAAUGUACCUAUGCAAUAUUUUUAAAGUUUACAUUCCUUCAGUGUCAGUUAUUUAUUUGUGGUGGGGAAAAUUUAAGAAAUCAGAGAGUCAAUUUUAAAUUUCCUGUUUCAGUGUUUGACCGAAACGUGAUUAAAUCAGUGAACGCUAGUUGAAGGUCAGUGGAUUAAAUAGUUUUUAGGUAGACAUAAAACACAUCUUUGCCUAUUAUUUUAUCACGUUUGCAAGACAUUUUAAUAUGUUCAGUCCAUUUGGGUUUAAAAUUGAGCCUUCAAAUUGUGCAACGUGUCGACAUAAUUUGUCAUAUCCCCAGCAUCAGCGUCCUCAAUGUCCCCAUCACCCCCCUGUUGAAAUACACCACCAUCAUCACUAUACCCCUCCUUCUGCACCUCCUUCGUCAAACUAUCCUGCUGCAGGGAGUUAUUAUCCUCCCGCAGGAGGUCAUUAUCCCCCACCAGUAAAUAAUUAUCCUCCAGGAGGUUAUUACCCGUCUCCGCCAUCUUAUCCAGGAUUUGUCAAAAGUUAUUCAUGGGUAGAUUCAUCUUUGGGGCACGCCUUGCCUCAUACUGCAGUCAGAGGUGGGACAGACGUUGACGGACAGCCCAUGUAUGUUGGUAGGGCGCACCAUGAAAGAGAUUUAAUCCCAGCUAAAAUAAUACCAGGGCGAAGAUGUUGUUACGUUUCAUAUAACGGAAAAGAACAUGCCAAAAGCACAUACCAGGUGUUAUGUGACGCUCGAGCGGAAUGGGUACCAGAUCAAGGAGGAAGAGUACAUCCUGAUGCUAUUGAAGGCGGUCGAACUGAUAAUGGCGAAACUUUGUACAUUGGACGAGUUAUCCAUAAAAAUUCGAUGACCAUCGGCAAGAUUCAUCCGAGUCAUAGGACAUGCUACAUUCCUUUUGAUGGAGCUGAAGUAGGAUACCAAAAUUAUGAAGUGCUUAUUUCUAGGAAGUAUUAAUAAGAAAAUUAUUAUCUAACAAGUUUAUUCUUAAUGUAUUAUCACAGACGUAAGAUUUCUAUA